AUGUUUCGUAAGACUUUUGUCCGAUCUACUCAAACGUUGCGGUCAACCCGCGCAUUGUCUACCACAUCAUCCAAAGAUUUAGUUGGUGUCAUUGGUUUGGGACAAAUGGGUGGUCGCAUGGCUGAUAAUCUUCGUAAACAUGGCUACAAACUCGUUGUGUGUGACCCAGAGGCCACUAAUGUCCAAAAGCAUGUAGACCAAGGUGCCCAAAUUGCUGCAAAUGCUCGCGAAGUGGCUGAGAAAUGCGACACCAUCAUCACCAUGUUGCCAUCUACUGCGACUGUUGAAAAUGUCUAUCUAGGCACUGAUGGCGUGCACGAAGCGCUUCGAAGCGACCAUUUGUUGUUGGAUUCAAGUACGAUUGACCCAAUCUUUACUAAAACACUAAGCAAAGAGCUGCAUAGCCGUGGAGCGACAUUCGUAGAUGCUCCAGUAUCUGGUGGUGUAGCAGGUGCGCAGAAUGGAACGCUGACGUUCAUGGUCGGUGGUGAACCGGAGGAAUUCGAACGUGUCAAGCCGCUGCUUAAAGCAAUGGGCAAAAAUCUGGUACAUUGUGGUGGAAGCUCUACUGGACAAAUUGCCAAGCUCUGUAAUAAUUUAGCGCUCGCGAUCCAGAUGGCGUCGGUUGCAGAGGCGAUGAAUCUCGGUACGACACUUGGCAUUGAUCCAAAGGUACUCAAGAACAUCAUGGACACCUCUACAUCCUCAUGCUGGUCUACCCUCGUCAAUCAUCCUUACCCAGGAUUGAUGAAGAAUGUGCCGUCAUCGAACAAUUAUGAAGGCGGCUUUGCUAUACAACUGCACCGUAAGGAUCUAGGACUUGCGAUGGAUUGCGCUAAGCAUGCCGAAGUAUCCAUUCCCUUGACAUGCCAAGUUCACCAGCUUUAUAAUAUGAUGGUUUCUGGUGGUCAUGGCAAGAAGGACUUUAGCUACUUGCUCCCGUAUCUCAAGAAUGGUAAAUAA